AAUGGAGACUAUAUCUAGUUGAGUUAGUUGGUUUGUGAAAAUUUAAGCCCUAGUGUUUACAAAUACCUUUAUAUCUUAAAGAAAUCCAUUGUCGGUUUUAAUUGUAUAUCUAUUAUAACUCAGUUCUUUUUUUGUUCUUGGUCGCACAUUUAAUGUAAUUUUUAUUUGAAUUCAUAAAAAGUUAACGAGGUUAGGCCUAAAAAUCGUAUUACUAUUAUUAGUAUUAAAAGUAACGUCGACAUGUCUCCUACGUAGAAUUAUUUUAUUAACUAAUAAGGAUUCGCGUUAUAAAAGUGAGCAGUAGUACUACUAGUUAUCACUUAACUGAAGAUUUGGCUAAAGCUAUGAGAUUAAGUUUAAUGUAAAAUGCCAGUUUCGCAUCACAACGUUAGUCGUGAAAAUAGCAGAUCAAACUUAAAUGACACUAGUGAAAACUCGAGUGUUAAUGUUAUUAAUAAUAAUAGUAUUAACAGUAAUGCUAUAUCCGACGGAAUGGCCUCAUGUUCGGGAACAUCUGCAGCACUUGUUUAUAAACUCUGCAGUCAUAUAACAGGUGUAAGUUCAACAGAAGCUGUAACACCAUCAUAUCAGUUAGCCUUGAGAACACUUAGCUGCACAUCUUCUUCUGCUGUGGAAAGUGAUGAAUUUGAAGUCAGUGAGAAGAUAAAAAAAAGAUUGGUUAAAGAAAAAAGGGAGAAGGAUGCUGUGAAAUUUGCAGAACUUCAUCGAAAGCUUCAGGGAAGUGUAGUGCUGAAGAAUCGUUGGGCAGUUAUGUAUUUCCUCCUUAACCUAAGUGGAUCUAAGAACAAAUACCAGACAAAGAAUGGGCCAUAUGGACUUGGUUUUACCAAAUUCACAACAUCGACCCCAUUACAAAAUGUGGAUUUCUCAGAAAGUACAAAAAAUCAACAGCCAAAAACAAUGUUCUCAAGUAAAAGUGUGUCCACAAUACCUGGCUCAGAAAAGACAGAAUAUGCUUCUCUUCCAACAACAUACCAGUUUGCACAGUCUGGUGGAUCUGUUGAUCGUGUAGAUCCAAGUCAAUGUAUUCUCUCAGACAGUGGCAGUGGGAAUAUUUGUUCUCAGACCAGCUGUAGUCGAGUUGCUCGUAUGGCGGCUUUAUUCUCAGGCAAAGAUAAGACAGAAGGAACUAUUGUGCCUGUUAAAAAAAAGGUAGCAGUGCAAGAACAUAAGGGUUCUACCAAUCUGAGUCUUCCUAUGGUGCCUGAAGGUGUAUUACUUAGAGAAAUACUCUUUGCCUUUCAAGGUAUUGAAGGAAAAUUCAUAAAAAUGCAACCAGCAAAAGACAGGUUUCACAUUGAUAGUAAGGCUGGAGUAUGUAGACCAGUACAGUACCAGCUUCUUAGACUAGCAGAACUGGGUUGGAUGUACAACAAAGUCCACAAAUUUUGUGAAAGUCAAGAUUUAGACAAAGCUUUAGGCUUAGUUGGACAAAGCUUUGUAGCAUCCCUGAAGGAGGAGUUAAGUGAAUACUACAGACUGCUUGCAGUUCUGGAAUCACAGUUGCAACCCAAUGUCAGUAAUGAAGAACCAUAUGUAAGUACUCGGUCAGGGUCAUUAACUGUUCGUCAGCUGAUGGUGUGGACUUUGGACCCAUUUGUGAGAAUGAAACAACUGGCUGCUCUUGUAGAUGCUUGUCGAAGUCAAAGGGGAGGAGCUUUAGCCUCAAUUCUAUAUUCAUAUCUGCAUCAUGCUGAUCCUAGUAUUCGUGGACUAGUCAAGCAUAUAUUAUCAGUGGUUGUACAGCCUAUCUACAGAAUGCUGAGUCAUUGGAUCUUCAGUGGAGAAUUGGAAGACGUAUAUCACGAGUUUUUUGUAGCAGUGAACUCGUCUGUACCAAAUACAAGUCUGUGGCAUGAAAAGUACAGUUUAAGAAAGACUAUGGUGCCAUCUUUUCUUACUAUGAGUCAGGCUAAAAAGGUGCUGUCUACAGGAAAAGCUAUCAACUUUCUUCGAAUGGUAUGCCAUGAUCACACUUCUGUUCGACCUCAGGAUGAACACAGUGAAAGAUCUGAUGCUGCAACAGUGGAAUCAUUGUUUAAUCAGAAUCAAGACAGUGACUUUCAAAGACUCCUUGAAGCUAUUUACAAAGAAACUAGUCGUCAUGUUCUCAAGUCGUUAUUUACUCAGUACAAGUUCAUAGAUCAUUUACUGGCUAUGAGAAGGUACCUACUUCUUGGGCAAGGAGACUUUAUUCGUCACCUGAUGGAUCUAUUAGAGGAAGAAUUACCAAAAUCAGCCAACAUGGUCUACCUCCACAACCUUUCUGGAAUACUCGAAAGUGCCAUCCGUGCCACAAAUGCUCAGUUUGAUAGUCCUGAUAUUCUUCAGCGCUUAGAUGUGCGACUUCUUGAGGCUUCUGUGGGAGACACUGGUUGGGAUGUUUUUAGUUUGGACUACCAUGUCGAUGGGCCUAUAGGAACUGUUUUCACUCCUCAGUGUAUUAAUGCUUAUCUUCGCCUCUUCAAUACUUUAUGGAGGUCAAAACGAAUGGAAUACAUAUUGUCUGGAAUGUGGCAAACACAGAUGACAUACUCCCGUCUCUUGCGAACCCUGCCAGGUGCAGCCCCAAUCUUACAUCACUGUCAUUUUAUCCUUUCUGAGAUGGUCCAUUUUGUACAGCAGGUGCAGUACUAUGUUGCUUUUGAGGUUAUGGAAUGUUCUUGGGCUGAAUUACAGCAAAAAGUCAUGUGUGCAGAGGACUUGGAUCAAGUUAUUGCUGCACAUGAGGAAUUCUUAGAUAGUAUCAUGACAAGAAGCUUACUGGAUGAAGAAUCUAAAGAUGUGUUGACCCAGUUGCGUGCCAUUUAUGAUUUAAUAAUCAGGUACCAGAAUAUCCAAACUAAGUUCUGGCAACAAGCUCUCAGUGAGAUAGAAGCUAGAAAAGCUCUAGAAUCUCGAAUAGAUACAAAAACUGAGAAGGGGAAAUGGGGUAUUACAGAAGCAGAACUUGAAGUAGAAAAACAACGUCAGCUAGAGUUUGAAAAAAAGAUUAUCCCCACAACCAAAGCACAGCUUCGUGUUUUAGCCAAUUCAUAUCAAGACAUGGUACAGAAAUUCCUGUUAAUGAUAGCUGAUCAUAGUGAUCCAAACCUCCGCUUUCUUAGUUUCCGGUUGGACUUUAAUGAACACUACAAAAGUCGUAAUUCAAGACUACAAACAUCACUGACUUACCAACACAGGCGGCGAUCCCUCCUUCAAGCAUCAUUAUCAUAAAAUUCUGUAAAACUAAGUAACUUCAGUUUAAUAAUAUGUACCUGAUGAAGCUUCUUUAAAAAAUUGUGAAAAUGUUGAGUAAAUUUUUAAACUUAUUUAUGUUUAUCAAUAGAACUAUAGCCCAGAAUUGAAUCUUUCUAUAUUAAUACAAGCCCUAAAUUUAUCACAAAGUUUUUGGAGGGAUAAUUCUUACAAUAGGCUGUGAAAAAAAAUAUUUUUUUUUUCUGGAAUUACAGUGUUUUCUAUGAAUUUUAUGUCAUUUUCAACAAAUGGGUGUCUUUAAGUGUUACCAUAAAUAUAUGUAAGGUGUAAAAUAUUGGAUUUGGUUAACCAAAUUCGAUAACUAUGGUUUUGAGAAGGAAUUUAAAAAACUUAAAAU